AUACAAAUGAUCUCACUGGUGAAAUCCCUAAAUCAAUUGGAAAUUUGCGAAAUUUAACGACCCUUUAUCUCUAUGAGAACAAAUUUUCAGGUCAAAUUCCUCAAGAAAUUGGGUUGUUAACAUCCCUUGUUAAUUUUGGAUUGAGCUCAAAUAAUUUCACUGGCCAAAUCCCUACUUCAAUUGGAAAUUUACGAAAUUUAUCAGAAUUCAAUCUUAUGACAAAUAAACUAACUGGCGUCAUUCCUUCAGAGUUCAACAAUGUUACUUUCUUAUCCAAGUUUGAGUUAUCAUAUAACCACUUCACUGGUGAGUUGCCAGAAAAUUUAUGCUUGGGUCGUUCACUAAAACGGUUAGGUGUGAUAAACAAUGAGUUCAAUGGAACAAUUCCCAAAACUCUGAAAAAUUGCACCUCUCUUAUCAGAGCACGUCUUUCUGGCAACAAAUUCUCAGGAGAUAUAUCUGAAGCUUUUGGAGAAUAUCCAGACUUAAAUUACAUUGAUUUGAGUAACAAUUCUUUCCAUGGCCAAUUAUCUUCUAAUUGGGGAAACUGCCCAAAACUCUCUGCUUUGAAGAUUUCAAACAACAGAAUUUCUGGAAAACUCCCAACAAAUCUAUACAAUGCAUCCCAACUUGUUUUUCUUGAUCUCUCAUCAAAUGAACUAGUUGGAAUGAUUCCUAAGAGUUUGGAGAAGUUGGUACGGUUAAAUAUUCUUAAGCUGGAUAACAACAAAUUUUCUGGUAACAUAUCACUUGAAAUUGGGAAAUUAUCUGGGCUUUCGAUAUUCAGCAUAGCUGCAAAUAGUUUUGUUGGGUUGAUUCCAGAGCACUUUGAAAGUUGUCAAGGGUUAAUAGAGUUGAACUUGAGCAGAAAUAUGCUUGUUGGCAAUAUUCCUUAUGGUAUGGGAAACAUGAAAUUGCUUGAAAGCCUUGACCUCAGUCACAAUGCACUCUCUGGUCAAAUACCACAACAAUUUGAAGGACUUACAUCUUUACAGAUCAUGAACCUAUCUCACAAUAAUUUAUCGGGUUAUAUUCCUUCAGGCAUAACCCUGUGCUUAGGUUUAUUAUCUGUUGAUGUAUCCUACAAUCAAUUGGAAGGUCCCAUCCCAAAUAAUAAAGCAUUUUUGGAAGCUCCGUACGAUGCUUUGAGAAAUAAUAAAGGUCUUUGUGGGAACCAUUCUGGCUUCAAGCCUUGCUUCUCAUACAAUCGAAGAGAUCAUCAUCAGAGAAGAAAUUUGCUCUUAAUCAUACUACUACUAACAUUUGGAAGUUUGUCUAUGAUUAUUAGCAUUCUUGUCAUAUUAAUUCUUCGGUCAAGGAGGAAUAUUAGAGAAAAGCCAAGGGCAAUUACUAAUAAAGAUGUGCUGGCAAUAUUGAAUUUUGACGGAAAUAUGGCAUAUGAAAGCAUCAUCGAGGCAACUGGGAACUUUGAUUCAAUGUAUUGCAUUGGUGAAGGAGGGCAUGCAAGUGUUUAUAGGGCUGAGCUACCAAGUGGCCAGAUUGUUGCUAUAAAGAGGUUUAAUAAUGCAAUUGGGCACGAAGACGAAUCCUGCGAACUCAAAAGUUUUUCAAAUGAGGUUCGCACUUUGACAGAGGUUAGGCAUCGGAAUAUUGUGAAAUUGUAUGGUUUUUGUGCUAGUGAGAGAAAUACAUUCUUAAUUUAUGAGUACUUGGAAGGGGGAAGCCUAGCACACAUAUUAAAUGAUGGGGAAAAAGCCAUGGAAUUCGGGUGGAUGAAGAGGAUAAAUGUGGUUAAAGCUGUGGCUAAAGCUUUAUCAUAUAUUCACCAUGAUUGUUUACCACCUAUUGUACAUCGGGAUAUAUCAGCUAAGAAUAUUUUGUUUGAUUGUGAAUAUGAAGCUCACAUGUCUGAUUUCGGCACAGCAAGAAUAUUGAGUCUUCAUUCAUCAAAUUGGACUUCAUUUGCAGGAACAUUUGGCUAUGCAGCUCCAGAGUUUGCUUAUACUAUGGAGGUGACGGAAAAAUGUGAUGUGUAUAGCUUCGGAGUGGUAGCACUAGAAGUGAUUAUGGGUAAACAUCCAGAAGCACCAGUUCGAUGGUCAACAGCUUACGUUUGAAAUCUCUGCUUGGUUAUCCCUCACUCCAUCUUUAACAAGCUAGCUAGGCAAUCAACCCUCCCUCCAUGCCAGUGAUGAAGUCGAGAUGAGAAGCUUAGUUUGCUGAGGGAUGCUAAGAUGUAGAUGGAGAAUUAUAUUAUACAUUACUGAAUCGCUUAGCUUAGCUUGUUGUUGGGGUCAGAUUGGUCGGUAUCCAUCGUCCAUGCUUUUCUUCA